UGGGGCACUAAGAUUUUGAGUAAAUUAGCAUCCUGGCUGGGAGGGGGCACAUGUUCUCCAGUGAGUCCUGAGCAUCCUGCACUGCCCGCAAGGGCCUGCAGGGAGACCACGAAGCCACUAUGUCACAGGCGAUGGGGCGCAUGCGCGACUGCACCCGCAGUGGAUGGGCGGUCUUCCCUGAGGACGGAGGGGAGGCGCCAUGGCGGCUGCGGGCCCGCGCGUGGGGCUGGCUGGUCUGCGGGAGGAAGACGUUCCCCGCCCGCGCCCCGGCCGGUAAAAAGGGGCUGUGCCCGCUCCUCGCGGCUCCGCGCCUUCCUUUCCCGCCGCCCCGCACGGUGUUUGCCCACCUUCUCAGAUCUAUCCAAACGGAGGAAAAACCACUGGAAUGGAUCUGGAUGGCACGGAAGAGAAGGUGCGCCCCAACUCCUCUGCACUCACUGGCUCCACCACAGAUCACAUUUCUCUCACCGGGUUGUCCCCCGUCCACACGCGAGUUCAGAAGCCAUUCCGGGAUGAGAUUCUUACGGGGAGCCUCUUACAACGGUGCCCAACCAGGACUGCGCCCAGCCUCGGGCCUCCUCCCGACCAUCACCAAACGCCCCAUGCAGCUCGCCAUUUCCCAUUUGUUAGGUUUCUCCCACCACAAGUCCCAGGCGGAACCGUGGCCGCGCAUGGAGCGCCCUCCUCUCUCGCUUGCCACUAUACGUGUCGUCACUUGCGUUGAGGAGACCUGUGUGUGGCCGACACACAAGCGCUUUGCCGAUGAGGCCAACAGAAGAGGGGACGCCGGGCGCUCCCGCGUAGACGCACCUCGGCCUGCAGGAAUUCCGUCUGCGCCACCCGUGGGCGCUUCUCGCGGAUCUCGGAGAAAGUGGCCGCCAGGGAAGAGCUCCACCACGGCGACAGGACCGGGACGCAACGGAUCCCCAAGGCUGCCGGGAUGCAGCAACGGGCGGCCUAUUGGCCGGGGCAUCGCGUUCCCAUGUGAAGGAGGAUGGGGAGGUCCCGGGGUCCCCCACUCACAGUGCCUCCUCGCUUCGCCAUCCGGGCCUUACCCAAUGCAAAGAGAAAGAAAUUUGGGAAUUAGGGCAUACGGAAUCUAGAGGGAAUGCCGCCGGAAACGUGGCGCCGUCCACUUUCGUAGGAGACUUUCAUUCACCCCUAGGAGAGACUUGAGAAACGAAAGUACGACCACCAGGACACACGGAGGUCGAGGCCGUGCACGGAUACCCUCUCCUGACCACGAGGAGCAACACGGCCGUUCCCCGCGGGCAGAGGGAACCAGGGCGUGCAGUGGAACUGCCCAGAUCACCACUCAACUUCUGGGGAGCGCAGCACUGGCCUCACAAUACGCAUGUCUGCACGUCCACAUCGCUGCGAGAGCACGUAGCGCCCAUGCCCCAGAGACGGGGACCCAAGCGCGCCAUUCAAAAAGCACUU